CCAUCAUCCGCCCAGGCUCCCUGCGCCGUCACCCCUUCCACAAGCUAUCUCUCCGCCGCCGCAUCCUCUUCUGUGUGCUGCAUAUCACAUCCUGCCUUCUGCUCGCGUGUUGCGCCCGUUCGGACCCGCCUGAGCCAGCAUGGCCGAUGCCGCAUCGGCUCCCGCUGAGGUGCCUGCGUCUCAGCCGGUCGCAGAAUUCGCUCCUGCUCCGGAAGCAGCGCAGUCUGCUGGAGCUGAUGCAGCAAGCUCCUCGGCCGCAGCCAGUGCUGGCGACGUAGAUGCUACAGCUGCUGAGGCGCAGGAGCCCUCGGCCGUGGCCAGCGCAGAUGACGCUGCAGCCUCCUCCGUGGCACAGCCCGAGGAUGCCGAGACGAGCGCGCAGGCAGAGGCGUCUGGCAAUGCAGACGUGGACAUGUCUGUUGGAGCCGAGGCGCAGAACAUCGUGGCGGCCGUCAAGGCCGAGGACGCGGACGGCGACGACGAGCUGAACACGCCGCCGCCGCGCGAGGAGGAGCCGCCGCAGGCAUCGGCACCGCUCGCCGUGCCGGAAGGCAGCGCUGCGAAGCAGACACGGUCACCUUCGCCGGCGCAGACGGGCGUGAAGCCGAUUCCGACCGGCCCAAAAGCGGAGGACCCCGCAUCUCGCGGCAGCAACGCCGAGCAGCGCGUGCAGAAGAACGAGCGGGACGGCGAGGCGUGGCUCGGGCUCAUCGAGGACGCGACCGCGCGUAGAGACAUGGACGAGAUCCGAGAGCGCUACGAGGGCUUCCUGAAGGUAUUUCCCAAUGCGGCGCGGCAAUGGCACGCCUACAUCUCGCUCGAGAUGUCUCUGUCGCACUCCAACUUUCCGCGCGUCGAGGAGCUCUUCACGCGCUGCCUGCGGACGACGCCCAGCGUGGAGCUCUGGCGGCUGUACCUGUCGUACACACGCCGCGUCAACCCGCUGCCGCCCGCGGGUGGAAGCGGGUCUGAGGACGGCGAGAGCGAGCGGGACAAGGUGCGGGGGAUCAUCGAGGGCGCGUACGAAUUCGCACUGCGCUUCGUCGGGCAGAGCCGUGACUCGGGCGAGGUGUGGCGCGAGUACCUUGUGCUGCUGAAGGAGCGAGAGGCGACAUCCUCGUGGCAGCAGGGCCAGAAGAUGGAUGACAUCCGGCGAGCGUACCAGCGAGCCGUCGCGAUCCCGCUGGCCAGCGUCGAGAUGAUCUGGCGCGAGUACGACCAGUACGAGAACAGCCUGAACCGCAUCACCGCGAAGAAGUUCCUGGCCGAGCGCUCGCCGGCGUACAUGACUGCGCGCACGGCGCUGCGGGAGAUGCGCUCGUUGACGGACACGCUCUUCCGGCCACUGCUGCCCAAGGUGCCGACGUGGUGCGCAAGCCCGGCCGACGGUCCGCGCCCGGCAUACAGCAGCGAGCUCUCGCACCGCGAGCAGGCGCACGUCGAGGGCUGGAAGAACUACCUCGUGUGGGAGGAAAGCAACCCGCUGCAGCUCGAGGACCUGCCGACGCUGCACGGCCGUGUGCUCAUGGCGUACCGCAAGGCGACGAUGCACAUGCGCUUCUACCCUGAGCUCUGGUUCAUGGCAUCGCGCUACGCCGAGUCCGCCGGACGGGCCGAAGAGGCCAUCUCGUGGCUGAAGACGGGCAUGGAGGCGUGCCCCGGCAGCUUCCUGCUGCACUUUGCCUUUGCAGAGCAAGGCGAGGCCGCCGGCCAGACGACCGAGUGCGGCGCCAUGUUCACGAACCUGCUUACGUGGGUGCACGGACAGAUCGAGUCUCUGCAGGCACAGCUCGGCGAGAAGCUGCGCAAGAUCGACGAGGAGGGCGAGAAGGCACUCGCCGACGCUGCCGCCAAGCGCCGCGACGAGGGCGCUGCAGACGAGAACGUCGGAGGCGACGAGCGAGCCGAGACACGCAGGCAGGACGAGGGCCGUGCUGCGCGCAAGAAGCUCGAGGAGGAGGCGGUCAAGCCGAGCAUCGAGGAGCUCAAGGAGGCUGCGGCGCUGGUGUGGAUCAAGUACAUGCACUUUGUCCGGCGCACCGAGGGUCUGCGGCCCUGUCGUGCGAUCUUUGGUCGCGCUCGCAAGAGCCCGCACUGCACGUGGCAGGUGUACGAGGCCAAUGCGCUCAUGGAGUACCACUGCUCGAAGGAGGUCGGCGUCGCGACGCGCGUCUUCGAGGUGGCGCUCAAGGUGUUCGGCAGCGACGAGGCCUUCGUCGUGCGCUACCUCGACUUCCUCAUCAGCAUCAACGACGACAACAACGCACGAGCAUUGUUCGAGCGCACGGUCGGCACGUUCGAGCCCGAGCGCGCUCGUCCGCUGUGGGACCGCUGGUGCGACUACGAGUACAGCUUCGGCGACCGGGCGGCCAUUCAGCGCCUCGAGCAGCGGCUGAAGGAGGUGUACCCUGACGAGCCGCCGGUCAAGCGCUUCGUCGACCGCAACACGUACAUGGACCUCGACGUCAUCAGCACGCGCGACCUCGGCUUCCAGCCGCUGCUGGCCGGCGCGAGCGCAGCCGACCGGGCGGUCGCUGGCGCUGCCCGCGUCGCUCCUGAGCCAGAGGCACAGGCUGCCUCUGGCAAGCGCGAGAUGAACGGCGACGGCGAGCCAGCUGGCGCGAAGCGGGCACGCCUGGCAGAGCCGGCUGCCUCGACAUCCGACCCGCGUGGCCGAGGAGCAAGUCCGCAGGCCUCAGCCAGACCGCCUCCGCCCAUGCGGCCACAGCCUGGUCAGCCGAUGCAGGCCGGGCCGCCUCAGCCGUUCCAGCAACAGCAGCCUGUUGCGCCGCCGCAGCCGAACUACGUGAUGGUGCACGACGUGAUCCGCUUUUUCAUGAGCACGCUUCCCAGCGCCGCGUCCUUCGGCGAGCCGCGCGUGCAGGCAGACGACGUCAUGGAGUGCCUGCGGAACUCGGACCUUCCCAUCCCUGGCGGCGGCGGCGGCGGCCCAGGUAUGAUGGCGCCGUCUGCGCCUGCUGGCUGGGGCAUGCGAGGCCGCCGCGGCGGCAUGGGUCGAGGCCGACGCUAAUCAGCGACUGGGCGAUAGCCCGCGCGCACAAGAAUCUAUCGCAUUGCGGCGAUGUCGGGACUGAGUUGGCGAGGAGGCGCUUGUGGCGCGAAUGAUGGUAGUGUCGGGGCGGUUGCGAGACCUCGCUGUCGAACGGGGGCCUUGUCUUACGGCUUGCGUCGUUUGGGCUCCGGCGGACCGAGACGUGCGAGGAGAGA